CGGAGGUGAGUGCGUGACGUCUGCUCUUGUUGACGGUGCAACCGUCUGAGCGCUCAGGAUUUAAAUGCGUGGUGUUUUAGCGUCAUUUUAAUGUUUCGCCGGAGCCUCCAUCGCGCAUGUCAGCGAGAUCUUGAGCCUGAAAGCGACACUUCUAUCAAAUCUCGUCGAGGCGGACUGUGGUGAACAGGACUGCGGCUGGCCGAGAGGAACUUUCCAGACCGUGGCUCGCACCAUGCUCCCGGACAAAGAGGGUUCGGGGGUUGGACAGAUCUCCCCCCAUGGAGAGGAUCCCUCCAUCAGUCUGUUCAGACAGUACCUGCGGCUCAAGACUGUCCACCCAGAACCGGACUAUGAUGGCGCUCUGAGGUUCCUGGACAGAAUAGCAGAAGAGCUUGGGCUGCCCAUCAAAAAGAUCGAGGUCUUCCCCGGGAGGGUGGUGACCAUCAUGACUUGGGAAGGCACCGACCCGAACCUGAAGUCCGUUUUAUUGAAUUCCCACACUGAUGUUGUCCCAGUGUUUCAGGAACACUGGAAAUACGAUGCUUUCAGUGCUUUCAAAGAUGCAGAGGGCAACAUUUAUGCCCGCGGAGCUCAGGACAUGAAAUGUGUGACAAUACAGUACAUCCAGGCUGUACGGAGACUGAAGGCGGAGGGGCGGAGAUUGCUGCGCACUGUGCACUUGCUGUUUGUCCCUGAUGAAGAAGUGGGUGGACACAAGGGAAUGGAGACUUUUGUGAAGGAUCCAGAGUUUCAGAAGUUAAACAUUGGCUUCGCUCUGGACGAAGGUCUAGCAAACCCCAGCGAUGCCUUCACCGUGUUCUACGGAGAAAGAAGUCUAUGGUGGGUCACCGUCCACUGCCCCGGCAGUCCGGGCCACGGAUCAAGGUUUGUGGAGAACACAGCUGCUGAAAAACUGCUCCACGUGAUGAACUCGUUCAUGGAUUUUAGAGAGAAGGAGAAACACAGGCUGAAUACGAGCGAGUGUUUUACCCUCGGUGAUGUCACCACCGUCAAUAUGACGAUGGUGAAAGGGGGCGUGGCCUACAACGUCAUUCCUGCCGAGAUGGACGUGAGCUUUGAUUUAAGAAUACCACCGACAGUGAAUCUCCAGGAGUUUGAAGGGCAAAUUAAACAGUGGUGCAAAGAAGCAGGUGAUGACGUCACCUAUAAAUUUGCGGUGAAACACAUGAACCAGAACGUGACACCAACUGAGGACAGUGAUCCCUGGUGGAGAGCUUUCAGCCAAACCUGCAAGUCAAUGAACAUGACUCUUCAGAAGGAGAUAUUCCCAGCUGCUACAGACAGUCGUUUCAUCAGAGCGUUGUCCAUCCCUGCCAUCGGCUUCUCCCCGAUGAACAGAACCCCGAUUCUGCUCCACGAUCACAACGAGUAUCUGAACGAGCAGGUCUUCCUCAGAGGCAUCGACGUGUUCGCCGAGCUGAUCCCGGCUCUGGCCAACGUGCCCGUCCUUCCCAAUGAAGCUCAGCUGCUCCCAAAUCUCUCCGCCAACUAACCAUAACAGAAUAGGAACAAGACAUCGCCCAGCCAAAACUGAGGCGGUCGAGUUCCACUUUGGAAUGAUUCUCAGGAUAUAAGCAGCUGCACAUUGCAUUUACCAUCACUUGGACUUUCUGUGCUUUUACAGUAUGAUCCUAAACAGAAAACCUCACUUUUAGCCAAGAACUCUGAGGAUGAAUAUAUGUUAUAUGGUUCCUCAGAUGCUUCAUUAAAUAUAUGACUUGACUUUGGCUUUAAAGAUCUAAAAAACAACUCUGGCUUUUAUCCAGCCUCAUAUUUACUACCUUGAUAUUUAAUGAGCACAGACCUGUUUGGCAAGUACUGAAACCCCAGCACUGUGUUGAUCGUGAUCGUGCUUGUAGAUUCAUUGUCGGCAAAUAAGUUAUGAUUUUAUGUGUUUUUUAUGAGUUUCACUUGAUUCAUAACUGCUAGCAGUACAUUCAACCCAAUUCAUUUGAUUAAAUCUCAAUAAUCAUCUUUGUAGACUAUGUUGUUGUGUCACUUAUUAGCAUCUUAUUUAUCAUGUAGUGUUCAACAAAUGUCUUUGCUAUUCGUACAGUAGAGGUGUCCAGUAGAUAGAGGCUCCUUCCAAUCCCACUUGGCAGCAACACUUCCAUUCCACUGUGGUUUUUCGCGAUUGAAAAAAGUGCUGCAGGACGUAAAAAAUGGAAUGCAUAUUGUCAUAAAUGCUCCCUUAUUGAAUGUUUUUUAUUCUCUUGUCAAUAGUCAUAACCAGCUAGCUAGCAGUUGAACACAAAAAAACCCCCACAAAUUUACCUUAGUUCAAUAAAAGCCUUUUUAUCGCUCGUAACUUUGGUGUUUUCUCCUUGCAAAAUGGUUUGUUACAUUAAGCCACUUUGUGUCGGUAUGAAAGUGUUGACCCACAACUAGGCUGGUAGAUUAAUAUACAGGUGCCAUUUAAAAGUAUCCUAGCAGUAUACUCACAAAUACACCUCUCAAGUCUUAAAGAACUAGCUAGAUUAUCUGAAGCCCCUCCCAACAGUACGACACAUACUGUAGUUUCAACCACAUUUACUAUUUCAGUAGAGUCCUCAAUGGCAAGGUGUGUAUUGGAUUGAAUCCUACACCAACUUUGACAGGUUCGGCCUUUUUUCUUGUAUGAACAACACUGAGUUCAAGGUCAAUAUAAAGCAGACUCCUUCUUGAGCUCCAUGAAUGACUCUCAAAAUGCAUGAAAUCCAACCAACAUGUUGUUAAACAGCUGAAAGGUUCAGUCAGCGUUUCCAUUUUCAAGACCUUGGAUCGUGAAAAUCUGCACUUUGACAAAGCAUCAGUGUUGACUCUUCCGUAAGGGGCUUCUGUUUACAUGCUAUAAAGGUGGCCUCUCCCCCCCAGUGUUGUGGUCCAAUUAAUGGCACUUGGCUCUCGCAGGGGGGCCGGCAGGAAGACUGCUCAGUAAUUACUCUUCUCCCUCCCCAGGACAUGACAGCUGUAUUAACACAUGGGGCCGUCAGGGAAAAGUCUAAAAGCUGAACCCACAUCCGUCCGUCGCCGAGGGGGCGGGGUAGCUGCAGUUAUCCUGCAGGGUCGUCUCCCAAGGCUCAGCUGCUUAGAUCCACUGAAAACCAAUGUAGUAUGUGUAUUUCAGACGUCCAGUGACCCCUGCCUGUCUCUUUUCCUUAUUAUGAAAUCUGACUCAGGCCACCGACAGUUCAGCUGGGCCACAUGGGGAGCAUCAGCCACUUCGGUCUCCCCUGCUGCUCACGCCAUCAUCAUUAUUAUCCACAGCAGUUGCUGUUCUUCAAGCCUUUUUUAAGCCACGGCACAUUUGCUUCACUGAAAAAUAUCCAGAGACUCAUCACUGAAGGAACCUCGGGCCAAAGCGCAACUGUACUUCUACUUUUGUAUGUUAUUUGAAGAUACAAAUUGUAGAAAAUUUAAUUAAGAUGUGUUGGAUGGCAAAAAAUUAAAUUAAUUUAUUCCCAAAUAACUUUUGAUUUUGUGACCUCGUGAUCUCUUUUGCAUGAUUUUAUUCAUGUUUGGAGAAUCAGCUUCAUAACAACGAUUCAUUAUCUUUACAGAUUUUAGAGCACAUUUGUCACAAUAAAUGAUGUUGGCAUGUCUGAAUGGUGUAAUUGUGUAUUGUAACGAAAAUCGACAUCUGUACAAUGUGAUUUUCUGUCUGCUUACUUCAUUUUCUUUCUGUCUGACACAAGAGUUUUAUUUCAGAUGUAUUAUCAUGUACUCCACAUGUAUUUUUCAUGUGAACUGGAACGUUUAGAAUAAGAUGAUGUUGAUAAAAUAAGUACAGUCUACGUAACUUAGACCGAUGGUGAGUCGACGUAUCAGCAUAGAUCUAUAGUGUCUAGAAAGAAUGUGAGCGAAUGUAACCUGACUAGAUGGCACAAAACAUUUAGAAGAAAUGUAUCAUUUAAAACUGACUUGAUACUGUUGAGCUGCUGUGUGUAUCUGGCAAAUUGUUUCCAUUUAUUCCUAUCUAUAGUGAGUGGCGCUAUUGUGAUUUUUUUGUCAGUAAUCCAAUGCUAACAGAGUAGAUUAUCAUAUUUAAAAAAAAUUAUACUGCAUGUAUUUAUAGUUUCCAAAAUGGCAACCUUCCUUGAAUGUCUGACAAUAACUACAAAAAUGGCAGAUGCGCCGAUAUCAAUCACUGCAUCGUUUAGAGCAGGGUAAACAAACCUUUUAACGUGUCGAAAACAAACAAAAGUGAUGCUUAUCGUCUUGGCAAGUCGUUUUGUGGCUGCACUUCAAUACACGAGUGUGUUGCUCAUUUGAGGAGUGAUGCCACUGUCUGUGGUGAGAUGUUCUUUUCCUCCCUCUUUGUCCUUUUGCUAAGAAGCCAGCAGACACAAAGCCUUUAUGGUAGGAGAAAAAGAGACUCUGAAACUGGCUGUUCAUAAACCUGAUCACACAAGCAGAGAGGAAAUAUCUGAUAUAACCAACUUCACUUCAGUUGACUUGUCAGUGGGAAUCAUCCUGGACUCCUCUCACUCUUGGAGUGAGAUGUGUGUGAGCGUAAAAGGGAAGGUGAUCUCCAUGUUGUUGUCCCCAGAGGAGGACGCCACCAUGUCGGUUGUGGUUUUAAAGUGUCUGUGUGAGACACACAGGAGAUGCGCCUCCUAAAUAUAUAAAUGCCACUUGUA